AGAGAGAGGGCCACUCUGUUGUGGAGGAGGACUAGGCGAUCGAAAACAUAACAUAUUGGAUAUAUUCGCUUUCGAUUCGAGCGCCUUUAGGCAGCGGAGGCUGUGGGUCGCUUCUCCCGGACUCUUGGUGAUUUUGGACCCGGCUGCUCUUCGUGUAUCUAUGGGCUCGGUGGGCGCAUCUCUCGCCUCCCGAUAGGACAUAACGGGCAGGGCUGCCUCUCUAAUAAUUAUUUAUUUCGCUCUCUCUGCGCCGCAACGUUGGGAGAAACGUGAUCGAGAGGCAGAGAACAGCGCGCCGAUCAUGGAUUAAUGCUCCGUGUGAAUUUUCAAUCUGAGAGGUUCCCAAUGUUGAACAUGUCCACCCCCAGCGAGCUGAAGUCUCCCUGCGUGACUCGCAACGGUAUGGUAAAGUUGCCCCCCAGCCAGCCCAACGGUCUGGGCAGUGCAAGUAUCACCAAGGGGACACCUGCUGCCAAGAACCGUCUGUGCCAGUCCUCCUCGGUACCCUCGAUCCUGCCCCCUCCGCCGUCCUCCCUCCCCUACCAUCACCACCACCACCUGGACGGCCCUGGCAUGCCCAACUCAGCAGCCUCUCUCCUGGGCUCUGACAUGGAGCCUGGAAAGCCUCUGAUGGGCUUGAAGCCGUCCCUUCGUCAGCUUCCCCCUCUCACUCUACCCAAACCUAUGCUGCUGGAGCGCCAGCUUGUCCUGGAUGAGAAGCUGCUCAACCGAUUGCUCUGGUACUUCACCACAGCUGAGAAAUGUGUGUUGGCGCAGGUAUGCAAGACAUGGCGUAAAGUGCUGUACCAGCCCAAGUUCUGGGAGGGCGUGACACCCAUCUUGCAUGCCAAGGAGCUAUAUACCCUGCUGCCCAACGGGGAGAAGGAGUUUGUCAGUCUGCAGGCCUUCGCCCUGCGGGGAUUCCAGUCUUUCUGCUUAGUGGGCGUCUCAGACCUGGACAUUUGUGAGUUCAUCGACAACUACCCGCUGUCCAAGAAAGGUGUUCGCUCGGUCAGUCUCAAGAGGUCCACCAUCACAGAUGCUGGUUUGGAGGUCAUGUUGGAGCAAAUGCAGGGCCUGAUGCACCUCGAACUGUCGGGCUGCAACGACUUCACAGAGGCCGGCCUGUGGUCCAGUCUCAACGCCCGGCUAACUUCACUCAGCGUCAGCGACUGCAUCAAUGUGGCGGACGACGCCAUCGCUGCUAUUUCACAGCUCCUGCCCAACCUAUCAGAGUUGAGCCUGCAGGCCUACCACGUCACAGACACAGCCAUGGCCUACUUCACAGCCAAACAGGGCUACACCACCCACACUCUGCGGCUCCACUCCUGCUGGGAGAUCACCAAUCACGGUGUGGUCAACAUGGUGCACAGCCUCCCCAACCUGACUGCCCUCAGCCUCUCCGGCUGCUCCAAGAUCACUGACGACGGUGUGGAACUGGUAGCUGAGAAUCUGCGUAAGCUCCGCAGCCUGGACCUGUCCUGGUGCCCUCGGAUCACUGACAUGGCCCUGGAGUACAUCGCCUGUGACCUGCAUAAACUGGAAGAGCUGGUGCUGGACAGGUGUGUGCGGAUCACAGACACCGGGUUGGGCUACUUGUCCACCAUGUCAUCAUUAAGGAGUCUUUAUCUGCGCUGGUGCUGUCAGGUGCAGGAUUUUGGGCUGCAGCAUUUGUUUGGAAUGAGGAGUCUUCGCCUACUUUCUCUUGCAGGCUGUCCCCUGCUGACCACCACUGGUCUGUCAGGCCUCAUCCAGCUGCAGGAGCUAGAGGAGCUGGAGCUGACCAAUUGCCCUGGAGCCACGGCUGAGCUCUUCAAAUAUUACUCCCAGCACCUGCCCCACUGCAUGGUCAUCGAGUAAGACCACUGACCCACCCCACUGACCAACCGACCGACCGACCGACCGCCAUCCUUCUACCUUCCUCCUCCUUACUCGUCCUCACUCUUUUCUCAAAUGCUAACCGGGAGACUGAACUGCUCCCACCGUACCACACCGUUCCUCAUUACCCCCCCACCCC